AUAGACGCGCCGGCAGGAAUAAUAAUGGCAGCCGUCGUAGUAACGCCUCGUGGCAUGGCGUGGUCGUGGCUGGCGUUGGCGGUGUGCGUCGCGACGGCGCUGCGGGCGCCGGCCGCGUCGGCCGAGGCGGCGGCGUACAUCGUGCACAUGGACAAGUCGGCCAUGCCCAGGGCGUUCGCGAGCCACCAGCGGUGGUACGAGUCCACGCUCUCCGCGGCCGCCCCGGGCGCCGGCAUGUACUACGUCUAUGACCACGCGGCGCACGGGUUCGCCGCGCGGCUGCGCGACGAGGAGGUCGAGGCGCUCCGGCGGUCGCGCGGGUUCGUGUCGUGCUACCUUGACGACGCCGCGGCGGUGACCCGCGACACGACGCACACGCCCGAGUUCCUCGGCGUCAGCGCGCCGGGGGGGCUGUGGGAGGCAGCCGGCUAUGGCGACGGCGUCAUCGUCGGAGUGGUGGACACGGGCGUGUGGCCCGAGAGCGCGAGCUUCCGCGACGACGGGCUCCCGCCGGUGCCUGCGCGGUGGAAGGGCGCCUGCGAGUCCGGCACGGCGUUCGACGGCUCCAAGGCGUGCAACCGGAAGCUCAUCGGCGCGCGCAAGUUCAACAAGGGCCUCAUCGCCAACGAGAACGUGACCAUCGCUGUCAACUCCCCGCGGGACACCGACGGCCACGGCACGCACACCUCGUCCACGGCCGCAGGCUCGCCCGUGCCGGGCGCGUCCUUCUUCGGCUACGCGCCAGGCACCGCGCGCGGCAUGGCGCCCCGAGCCAGGGUGGCCAUGUACAAGGCCCUGUGGGACGAGGGCACCUACCCGUCCGACAUACUCGCCGCCAUAGACCAGGCCAUCGCCGACGGCGUCGACGUCAUCUCCCUCUCCCUCGGCCUGGACGGCAGCCCCCUGUACCGGGACCCCAUCGCUAUCGGUGCAUUCGCCGCGAUGCAGCGGGGCGUGUUCGUGUCGACCUCGGCGGGCAACGAAGGCCCCGACCUCGGCUUCCUCCACAACGGCACACCGUGGACGCUCACCGUCGCGUCGGGCACGGUGGACCGGGAGUUCUCCGGUGUCGUGACCCUCGGCGACGGCACGACCGUCAUCGGCGAAUCACUGUACCCGGGCGGCCCGACCUCUCUCGCGGCCACCGGUCUCGUCUUCCUCGACGCGUGCAACAACUCCACCGUGCUCGCCAUGAACCGCGACAAGGUCAUCCUCUGCGACCCCGACUCGCUGGGGGACGCCAUUUCCACGUUGCAGGAAGCCAAGGUGCGCGCGGGCCUCUUCCUGUCCAACGACUCGUUCAGCGAGCUCUACGAAAGCUUUACCUUCCCGGGCGUCAUCCUGAGCCCACAAGACGGGCCCCUGCUGCUCCAGUACAUACGAAGCAGCCACGCGCCCAAGGCCGCGGUAAAGUUCGAAGUGACCAUCCUGGGCACCAAGCCCGCGCCGAUGGUGGCGACGUACACCUCCCGCGGCCCGUCGGGGAGCUGCCCGACGGUGCUCAAGCCCGACGUGAUGGCGCCGGGCUCGCUUAUACUGGCCUCGUGGGCGGAGAACAUCAGCGUGGCCACCGUCGGGUCGCGGAAGCUCUACAGCCGGUUCAACAUCAUCUCUGGCACGUCCAUGGCGUGCCCGCACGCGUCCGGGGUGGCCGCGCUGCUCAAGGCCGCGCACCCGGAGUGGAGCCCGGCCAUGGUCCGCUCGGCGAUGAUGACGACGGCCAGCCCGGUGGACAACACUGGGGCGUCCAUCAAGGACAUGGGCAGCCGCAACCACCCCGCGUCGCCGCUGGCGAUGGGCUCCGGCCACAUCGACCCGAGCCGCGCCGCGGACCCGGGCCUGGUCUACGACGCCGCGCCGGAGGACUACGUCAAGCUCAUGUGCGCCAUGAACUACACCGCGGCGCAGAUCAGGACCGUCGUGCAAUCGACGUCCUACGCCGUGGACUGCGCCGGCGCGUCCCUCGACCUCAACUACCCAUCGUUCAUAGCGUUCUUCAACGCGAACGGCAGCGGCGUGGGCGAGAGGACGUUCACUAGGACCGUGACCAACGUGGGCGGCGCGCCGGCGAGCUACAGCGCCGAAGUUGUUGGCCUGAAAGGGCUGACGGUGACCGUGACUCCGGAAAGGUUGGUCUUCGGCAGCAAGAACGAGAAGCUUAAGUACACGCUCGUGAUCCGGGGGCAGAUGAAUAGCAAUACCGGCGAUGUGCUGCAAGGAUCGUUGACGUGGGUUGACGACGCCGGCAAGUACACGGUGAGAAGUCCGAUCGUCGCAACCACCGCGAGCUCACAGCAGUUUUAGGAUCCGUGCGUAUAUCAAUUUGUUGGAGUCUAUGUAAGCAGAUCAGGCAAGUAAAGCUUUAAAAAAAGAUCAGGCAAGUAAAGCUCGUCAACAUCUGAGCA